CUCCAAAUGACCCUGGCUCCUCGGGGGGUUAUACUUCAAAAUCUGUUGUCAGGUCGAAAAUCAAACCCCGCAGGUCGCAAGAGUACGAGUCAAUCACUAAUAACGGCUCUGGUACAUACCAUAUUCAACGGUAUCUCGUAUCCUCAUUCAUGUGUUUAUGUAGGGGCGUACCAACCCGAGGAAGAAUUGCUACCCGUUCUCCAGCGCUGGCUCAGUGGUCCGGGAUGUCUCCAAGGAUCAGGGAGGUUGGUGGUUGUCAGCGCCUUCGACGAAGAACAUAAGGACGCACAGGAGAGGCGUAUUGAGCUAGCGAGUGCUCUCUCCCCAAAAGCAGACGUAAGCUAG